AGUUCAUUUCCGUAAAUAGGCAUCACAUGUUUUGAAACGAAUGUCAAGUUUUGUGCAGUGAUGCAGUGCAUUUGUUCGAUGUUUCGAUUACCGGUUGUUGGAAGGAAAAGUCUGUUCGCAUCAAACGUGAGUGUUGCUCGUAGAUGUUUAGCCCAGAAGACAUUCCAGAAAGAAGCAAGUAUUCUGGAUUCUCUGUACUCAGAUGCUGAGAAAGAGAAGAUCCUUGACACAUUCAACCGAUGUAACGAAUAUGAGUUGCAGCACACAAGGCAGCUGAAUCACCACAAGGCCUCCUCCAUUGUGAGGCACAGGAAAGACAAUGGCAACUUCCAGACAUUGUCGGAUAUUUUACUAGUACCUGGAGUUGGCAUUUUAGGAAUCCAGAAGAUUUGCAAUGUUCUCCGUACUUUGGAUUAUGAAACUCUUCGAGAUAAGACGUCUAGGGCAGAUUUUGAUCGAAUAAGGGCUGAGCCAAACAUAUCGGAAAAGACCUGCCAGAAUGUGAGGACUCUUGUGACUCUGGACGCUCAACUCGAUGGCAUCACCUGGACAAAGAUAGAUCGCAACUUGCUUGUGGAAGGCUGGGAUCACAUCAGCCUCUUUGAUAGAAUAAAUCAGAAACUUGAUCUUUAUCAGUUCCUUGAGAAGUUGCACUUGAUAAAAGACAAACUUCCAGAAGCAGACAUAUAUGUGAUGGAAAGAAAAGUUUUCCGUAACAUCAAUCCUCGCAUGGUGCCGUUCCUUUUCAACAUGAAGAUUUUAGAUGCUAUGCUCUUCACUCUGUUAAACAGUGACUUUGAAUCAAGUGUGGAUCACAAGAUAUACAUGGUAGCUCCUACCCUGGUCAGCCAGUUCUUCGGUCUGUCAGUGGGUGGGGAGAGGGUGAGUGGUCAGCAUGUUCUGCAGGACAUUGAGAGGAUGCAGUCGGAUGUUGCCAGCGAUGUUAACAUCCCAUAUGCUCGCUGGGACACGUUUAAGAAUCUCAACAAUGUACAGAAGGAGAAGUAUGCGAACUCAUUGCUGCUUGGAGUGGCUUUCUAUAAGCUGAUAGUACUAAGGAGUCAUAGACUGCCAUUGUGAAGGCCAUCUUGGUGUCUUGUUACCAUGGUUACAUGUGAUUUUGUGAAUGGCUGUAUGCAAGGCUAGUUUGUCUGGUUAAUUUGUGCUGGAAUUAUUUGAACACCCUUAUAAAAGAUGAUGAACACUGUCACUGAUCAAGAAUGGGUGAGUUUAGUUUUACGCCGCACUCAGCAAUAUUCCAACUAUAUGGCGGCAGUCUGUAAAUAAUAAUGUCUGGACCAGACAAUCCAGUGAUCAGCAUCACGCGCAUCGAUCUA